UUCUGAAGGUUGUCUCGGCCGGAAGUCCCGCGCCUUGUUGUCGCUAGCCGGAUGCUGCUAACAAACAGCCAGAGAAUCAUUAACUAACAGAAAAAACGGCACAUAAAGUCUGUCAGUGACGGUAAACUGACCGGAGCCGCUGCAGAGAAGUCACACGUUUGGCUAAGAAACUUUAACUUCAACAUUUCACGUUAGAGCCGACUGAAGUUCAUAGCUAGCGUUAGCUAACUAGCUAUGUUACGUUACCUGAGUGGUUACGGAGGCUAACCUGAGCUAACAGGAUUAGCUCUUUGGGCUUUUAAUACGAGCUAAAGGUGGUUAAAUGGCUGCGGAGCGCAGCACCUGGUCGAGCCGGCCCGGAGAGCUGUAAAGGAUGCUCCAGGGGCCGUACGGCAGCCUGGACCGGGACCGGCCCCUCAUCCGGCUCCCUUUCACCAGCUUCGCCGUGGGGACGGUGCUGCUGCCUCUGACCGGCCUCGUCGCCUGCCUCGUCACUUCGCUCAUCUACCACUUUGAGGACGCAACGUACACGCACUGUCUGGUGUCAAACUACCUCCCGUCCAUCAGCGCCGCCAUCAGCCGCGUGCCGGAGCGCUACAUCUGGCGCUGCUGCAUCGGCCUGCACUCUGCGCCGCGCUACCUGGUGGCCGCCGCCUAUUUCAGCUUCUACCGCGGCCGCUUCGCCAAGAGGCUGCCGGAGCUGCUGCUGAGCGGGCUGGCUCUCCUCUGCAGCCUCGCCGAAAACACCGGCCUGCUGCUGCUCACAUACGUGUCGUCCACCGAAACCUACAGUGUUCAUAAAAACGGUUUCAUCGUGUUCAUAGCGAGCUCGCUGCUGCACAUGCUCAUUACAUGCAGACUGUGGCAGGUGAUCAGGAGACAGUAUGUGAACCCAGAGGAGAGGACAUCGUAUCGCUGGAAGGUGCGUCUCUUCGUGUUUAACGUCAUCUGCUGCGUGGCUGCCGCUUACUUCUUCAGACGCCACAACAAGUUCUGUGAAACGGGAGUCUACACCCUGUUCGCCCUCUUUGAGUACCUGGUGGUCUUCUCCAACAUGGCCUUCCACAUGACGGCCUUCUGGGACUUUGGGAGCAAAGAGGUGAUCGUGGCCACGCCGCCUGAAGACAAACGUUACUGAGCAGCGGCCUUACCUGUUGACUUUUUUUUUGUUUUUUUUAAAGUGGGACACCAGGAAAUUAAUUUAAACUUUGUGACAUGUGAACACAUGACAUGCAGCCUCAUGAACAUUAUGUGAGAAGUGAUGCUGAUGUCAGCACUGCAGGUGAGAUUAAACCUUUUACCAACAACACCUGUGACAGCAGCUGUCUUUAUGCUAAGCUAGCUGUCUGCAGGCUGUACAGACAUGAAGACUUCCUCUUCGUGUUUUGUAUUUUUUCCUCCCAGGCGAUGAAAUCGGAAACCUCCCCAGCGUCGGUGCCCGUCACAGAGCUUCAGCUCAUCCUGCUGUUAAACUGUUAGUCAGCAGCAGCAGCAGCAUCUGCGCUGUGUUGUAGACGGAGGAGGUUAUUUACUGUCAGCUGUCGCUCAUCAACACUAAACUGGACUCGCGUGCUCGCUGCUCGUUGUUGCCUGAAACAGGACGGAAAACACACAGCCAGCCUGUUCAACAGCUGCUUCUUUUUCUUCGUGUUUACAACGUUAACAGUCUGUAACUAGCAGCUCCACGAGGCUGCAAUGUUUAUGAAGAAGAGGGGUUUCACCGACUAGUCCACUACUAAAACUUAUUAUUAGUCAACUAGUCCUGGAUAAGAUUUAGUUAAUGUGUAAAUCACUGAUGUCCGUAUAUAUUUACAUAGUUACAGUACAAUAAGUCAGGUGGGUCUACAGAGAUGCAUAUGCAUAAUAUUACCUUAGUUACUUUACCAGCGAAAACUAUGAUUUGUUGACCUUUUUUUUUUUUUACAACACUAGACUAAAACUGAAUCAAAAGUAAGGUUUGAAAACAAGAACUAUGACGAAAUGUUUUACAUUUUUCACCAACAAAUAAAAACAAAACGAUGAUGUGAAAGACGGACAAGUGAACUAAUUACUGUUUUAAUGCAAAGUCUUAUUCAAGGACCUGCAGAAUCACACACUGCAGCUCCUGAUUGGUCAAAUAGUUUCCUCCAGCAGCCACUAAUAUCUCUUGUUCAGAAGUUGAUUUAUCUGUUUGACCUUCUGCCGUUAAUAAGAAGCAUCUUACAUUCAGUAACGUGUCUGUCAGGAAAGUUAUCUGAUGAUUUAUGAACUAAAUUCCUCAACAAUCCACUGAGUUCGACAGGAAGCAGCAACAAAACAGCUGAGACGUGAAAACAUGCUAACAUAACAUGUGCAUGUGUUUCAUAAUAAAUGCAUUUGAAUGUGAAGGUAUUUUAUUGUGAAACAACCACAGGAAAUGCUAGUGCUAACGGACAGUUGACUCAUCACUUUGUUUAAAUUGAAAUUAGAUUUACAUUUUUUUUUUGUCAGGAAGGCGGUUUGAAUCAUUGCACGGAUGAUCUUCAUCACCUCUUUGACAAUCAUGUAUCUAUCAAUCAAUCAAUCAAUCAAUCUACCAGAAUGUAAAAUCUUGCGACUAAUAAACAUUAGCAGUGGUGAAACCUUAA